AUGAGAGGGGCAGGAGCAAAGCCCACAAAGCUGCAGGUGGAGCCUCCAGGUCCAAGCCUGGCCUGCCUGGAAGGGGAAGGGUCUGCGGAGACGUCAGAGGCCAUCAGCUCCCAGGGGACCGUUAAAGUUGCUGUGCUGCCAGGUGGGCUAGGGGAUGACAAGGCCCUGCAGUGUGACUUGGGGGCAUCACCUGAGCCCAUGCAAGUAGGAUUGGUGAAGAGGAUUUGUGGGCUGGAGAGGAUGGCCGUCUGUCUCCUGGGCUGGCAGUCGGCUCUGAUUGCACGAAGCAGACAUGUGACCCCUCCAGCCAGCACCGUGGGCCUGGCAGGCCUGCUCUUCUGGGCAGUCCAAAUAGUGAAUGCCUCGAAGCUGCCCUCUGCUUCCCUCACCCUGACUCGGCCUGAAAGCACAGCUAUGCAGCCCCUGAGUGGCCUGGGGGUGCCCCAGUACCACCGGAAAUACUACAUCUCUGCCCAGGACAUGAGUUUAUUGGAUUAUCACAACCACAUCCAGGCCAGCAUGUACCCACCCGCUGCCAACAUGGAGUACAUGGUCCGGGAUAAGCAGCUAGCCAGGUCUGCCAAGGCCUGGCCCACCCAGAGCAUCUGGGCCCAUGGGCCCUCACAGCUGAUGAGAUAUGUGGGCCAGAACCUCUCCAACCAUUCUGGCCAAGUGAGGAGUGUGGUAGACCUGGUGAGGUCUUGGUCUGAGGAGAAGCAGCAUUACCUGUUUUCUGCCCUGAAGGACUGUAACCUGCACUGCCCCUGGCACAACAGCGGCUCUGUUUGCUCCCACUACACCCAGUUACUCCUCUGCCAGGACUGGGAUGGGGGAGCAAAUCCUGGUCCGGGUAACUGGAUCAGCAAGGCCUCAAACAAGAUGGGGAGGCCGUAUUCUGCCGGUCUACCCAGCUACCAAGGCAUCUGCAAUAGCAGCAUGUGCUUCUUGGGGCUGAAAUCCAACAGGCUCCUGUGGGUCUGAAUUUUCCCAGUCUUUGGCUGGGCCCACCUUCAAAGAUCCCUCUGCAGACACUGGGGGUAGAAAUGAUUUCUUUUUCUUUUUUUUGUAGAGACAGAGUCUCACUUUAUGGCCCUCGGUAGAGUGCCGUGGCCUCACACAGCUCACAGCAACCUCCAACUCCUGGGCUUAAGCGAUUCUCUUGCCUCAGCCUCCCAAGUAGC